GACUGGACUGCGACAAUAACGUGACCUGAUUGUUUACAGCUGGUCUCAUUUACGACAUAAAUCUGUGGCUUAACCAUAACGUAGGAUGGUAUUUUAUAUUAUUUUACAGUCUUUGCAUUUAUGUAAAACACGGUUAUAGCUAGCCUACUGUUGUAGUGCUAGCAUUAUGAGAAGGGAAAGCGUUUGUUUUCGGUAUGGUCUUUCUGGCCGAUUCGCUUGCUUGCUGCCCCUUGGUUCAUUCAUGGUCAAUUUGUAGUGACGGUAAACAAUAGAGGACUGAAUAUGGAUAUACAGAGUGAGACUACACGACUGCUUCAUGCAGAAGAUGGAGAAGAGAACCAUGAAACAGGACUGCGGUCGGAGCAGGAUUUAUAUCUUGAUAAAGUGAAGAAUGGCAAGUUGUACCUGGCCACAUUCGCGGCUGUCCUGGGUCCUCUAAGCUUUGGCUUUGUGUUAGGAUACAGUUCCCCCGCCAUUCCAGAACUAAGCAAAGAAACUGACCCUCGGAUACGACUGGAUGACAACGAGGCCUCUUGGUUUGGGUCAAUCGUGACAAUAGGUGCCGCUUUAGGAGGCCUUUUGGGUGGCUGGAUGGUAGACAAGAUUGGGAGGAAGCUGAGUCUCAUGUUAUGCUCCGUACCUUUUGUCUUUGGAUUUGUCGUCAUCAUAGCUGCUCAGAAUGUGUGGAUGCUGUACCUUGGACGGGUACUCACUGGAUUGGCCAGUGGGGUUACAUCGCUUGUGGUCCCACUAUACAUCUCUGAGAUGGCACACGAACGAGUGCGUGGAACUAUGGGCUCCUGCGUUCAGCUGAUGGUGGUGACGGGAAUCAUGGGAGCGUACCUUGCAGGGCUGUGGUUGGACUGGCGCUGGCUGGCUAUCUGCGGCUCUAUCCCCCCUACCCUGAUGGUGGUCUUCAUGUGCUUCAUGCCGGAAACGCCCAGGUUCCUGCUGUCGCAGGGCAAGCGCCCCGAGGCCGAGAAGGCCCUGCGCUUCCUGAGGGGACCCGACGCUCCCGUCGAGUGGGAGUGCGCCCGCAUCGAGGUGUCUGCACACGAGACGGGGGGAACAUUGUGUUUAGCUGACCUAAAGAACCCUGAAGUAUACAAGCCCCUUGGAGUGGGCGUCAUGCUAAUGCUCUUUCAGCAGCUCACGGGCAUCAACGCCAUUAUGUUCUAUGCAGAGACCAUAUUUGAAGAGGCCCAUUUUAAGAGGAGUGACAUUGCCACAGUAGUGGUGGCAGCAACCCAGGUGGUGUUCACAGCAGUAGCAGCCUUGAUCAUGGACAAGGCUGGAAGAAAGAUCCUCCUCAUCAUCUCAGGAGUUGCCAUGUCUAUCAGCACAGCUGUGUUUGGGGUCUACUUCAAGCUGUCCAGCCAGCAGCACAGUAAUAGCUCAGCCCCAGAGCUUAGUCUAUUGUUGACUGGCCAAGGCCAGCUCUGUCAGGAUCCUCAGGCUGAUCUGGCCUGGCUUGCACUCACCAGCAUGGGCCUUUUCAUCACAGGUUUUGCACUGGGUUGGGGUCCUAUCCCCUGGCUGGUGAUGUCAGAGAUCUUCCCAACCAAAGUCAGGGGCUUUGCCAGUUCUCUGUGUGUCCUGAGUAACUGGGGCUCUGCUUUUAUCAUCACCAAGACCUUCCAGGACCUCAUGGGUCUUCUCACCAGUGCAGGCACCUUCUGGCUGUUCUCUGGAAUGUGUGCUCUAAAUAUCAUCUUCACCACCAUUUUUGUUCCGGAGACAAAAGGCAAAACCCUGGAACAGAUUCAGGCAUAUUUCAAAGGAACACCAUUAUAAUAGGCUACAUAAGUCACAUUUGUUGCCAACACUAAACAUAAAAAAAUGUGUCACAUUCAAGGGCAUGGUAAAGUGUAAUUUGCUGUGAAGGUUCAAUCUGUGGUAUUUUUAAUUAAUGUUCGCAAUUGUUUUGUUUUAUUUUGCACCCAAAAAUGUAACUGUUUAUAUUUAAAUGAAUACAUUUUGUUUGUUUAACAACUAAAAAACUAUUAGGUAAAAAUAAAAAGAUAACAUUCAUCACAACAAAGAUGAGCACAUUUUAGUUGAUUUGUAUUAUUCUGGGUUUGGUUAUAUCUUUGACAUCAUGUUUGUUCACCAUGUUUUGCCUUAGGGGAAAUAAUGUAAAAAUUGCCAAUAAAGUUUAAGUUUUA